AUGGCGCCCAAGGCGGCCGCCCUUGUCCUGGUUCUCCUGGCGAUCUCAGGCUCCCGGGCCGAUGUGAACCCUGAUGAGGUGGCCAGCGUGAUCUGGAAGUACUUCACGGAGCUGGGCAGCAAUGCCAAGGACACGGCGGAGCAGCUGCACCAGAGCGAGCUCAGCAAGCAGCUCAACACCCUGCUGAAGAGCAACCUGCAGAGCGUCAGCGCCUACGCCGAGGACCUGCAGCAGCGCCUGGAGCCCUUCGCCCUGGAGCUGCAGGCCAAGCUGGCGCAGGACUCGCAGCGCCUCAAGGAGCAGAUCCAGCGGGAGCUGCAGGAGCUGCAGGCCAAGCUGGCGCCCUACGCCGACCAGGUGCACGAGCAGAUCGGCACCAACAUCCGGGAGCUGCGGGCCAGGAUGGGCCCGUACGCCGAGGAGCUGCGCUCGCAGGUGGAUCGCAGCGCCGGCGAGCUGCGGCAGGCGCUGGAGCCCUACGCGGCCGAGCUGCGGGAGCGCCUGCAGGACAACGCCGAGAGCGUGCAGGCCUCGCUGAGCCCCUACGCCGAGCGCCUGCAGCGGCAGAUCGACGGCGGCGUGGAGGGCGUCAAGCAGCGGCUGUCGCCCGUGGCGGACGAGCUGAAGGCGCAGGUGGAGCGGAGCGUGGCCGAGCUGCGGCGCGGGCUCAGCCCCUACGCGCAGGAGGUGCGGGACGGGCUGGAGCGGCAGCUGCAGAGCCUGAGCGCGCAGAUGGAGCGGGCGGCCGAGGAGCUGCGGGCCCGCCUGGCCGCCAGCUCCGAGGAGCUGCGAGCCCAGCUGAGCCCGCUGGCCCGGGAGCUGCGGGAGGCGGCGAGCGGCGACGCCGAGAGCCUGCGGCAGCGCCUGCAGCCCCUGGCGCAGCAGCUGGAGCAGCGCCUGGGCCAGAGCCUGGAGACCUUCCGGCAGCAGGCGGCUCCCUUCGGGGAGACCUUCGGGCAGCAGCUGGUGCAGCGGCUGGAGGAGAUGCGCGGCAAGCUGGACUCGGGCGCGGCCGGCGUGGAGGAUCACCUGGAGCUGCUGGAGAAGGAGGUGCGGGACAAGGUGGCCGCUUUCCUCAGCACCGCCGCGCCCCCGCAGGAAUAA